AUGUUUGUAGGACAAUAUCAAUUUAGAUCAAAUAGUAAUAAUUUUACAUUUGAUAGUUUCCCAUAUGAAAAUUCAUUUGAGGAAAUGGAAGAGGAGAGAAGAGAACAAGAAGAGGAAGAAGCUAGAUUGGCAGCACAAUUGGAAAAUUCAAAGAUGAGAAGAUUGGCUAGAUUCCUUUCACGUUCCAAAACCAAUUUCAAAGCCAAAUUUAGUAAUUCAUCUGGUUAUUUACUAGAUCGCAUGCCAAUCACUGCUCAACGUCGUGAAAAGGUUCGUCAAGCCACCACUAAUAUACUCGCAUUGCCCGAUGAAAUACUUGUCACCAUCAUUGGGUUCCUCGAUCACUCUGACAUUUACUCGAUCAUGUUGGUCUGCCAUUCGUGGCAUCGGUUGACGUGCGAGGAUUUCCUCUGGCGUCUACUUUACCAAAAUUAUUUCAUCUGUAAACCAAACAUCGAAUUGUUUGAAGCCAACCAAAAAGGAAAAAAGGAUGAUCAGGAAUGGCACCAACUCUUUACACGUGCCUAUGUCACCGAACAACGUUGGUCUAGUGACAUUUGCACCGCAUCUGUGCUACGAGGUCACAGUGGUACUGUUUGGACACUUAUCAACGAUACAGACAAUGGAAUGAUCUAUACAGGCAGCUACGACAAGUCUGUCAAGGUAUGGAACGCAAAGAAUAGAAAAUGUUUGUACACUCUCAAGGGUCAUUCGUACACCGUUCAAUGUUUGGACGUAUGCAAUGGUUUCUUGGCAACUGGAUCACUCGACAAUACACUCAGACUGUGGAACUGCGAGAAGCAAACGUGUCAGGGUAUCGUGUCAACACGCGCACACAACUUUGAUGUCUUUUGUCUACAAUACUUGCGUGGUAAUGCCAAUGGACGUACUGUCAUCACUGGGUCGUCAGACGCCACCGUCAAACUAUGGUCUGUCGGAGAACUAAUGGACGACUCGGAAACAUUAGACGAACGAGUCUACCAAUCACAACUGUACUAUGAAGGUAGAAGAAACAACAUUGUAAAUUAUAACAUUCAACCAGACGAUUCAUUUGGAUCAUACGAAGAAGAGAAUAAUAUCCAUCCCGCCACUGCCGAAUAUUCACUUGACGAUUCCAACUCUUCUGUAUCACCGUCAUCACUAUCAGAUAGUCAACAACACAAUUUAGAAAAACGUCAACAACAACGUCACCGAAACAUCGAGAAUCAAACUCCAAUACACCAAUUCAAACAUGAAAGUUGUGUCACUUGUCUCCAAGCCGAUACCAAUGGAAAGUUGAUUAGUGGUGGUUCGGACAAGGUGGUUCGUCUCUGGGACUUGAACAAGAUGGAGAGUAUCGGUGUAUUGGCCGGUCACCACGAAGGUAUCCGGUGUCUCCAAUGGGAAGGAAAUGUCGUAGCCACGGGAUCCAACGAUUGCAACAUCAAGCUAUGGGAUCUCCGUACCAACAGUUGUUAUCGUACCCUAAAGUCUAACGGAUCGGUUCGUAGUCUUUGUUUCAAUGGCUCUAGUCUCAUAUCGGCAUCCAACGACCAAACCAUCAGAUGGUGGAAUAUGAACAACGACAAAUCCGAGGAUUUAUACACUUCACAGUCAAGUAUAUCUUGUCUUUCUUUUGCCGAUAAUACUCUAAUGUAUGGAUCAAGUGAUCAUUUGGUUCAAAUUUUACAAUUUGUUUAA